AUUGAAGUUGAAUAUUAGAGCAAGAAAAUAUCAUCUUCAAGAUCUAUCUAGUAAUCUCUCUCCAUGGGAGAUGAUCCUAUAUUCAACAAGAUGCAAGAUUUCUUCUUCAACAAUACUAUUAGUAGUUCUAAUAAUUGUAUCAUCAAAUCAUCUAAUUCUUCCAUGCUUGAUGAACAUCAUGAUCACAUGAUCAAGAAAGAGACUUUUCAUGAUGAAGAUCAUCAUGAUCAUACUAAUAUUGAUAUCGGUCUCAAUCUAUUCCCUUGUGUUGCUUCAAGUAGUGGUAGCAAGGCUAUUUCUGCUAGUGAUAAGUUGACCGUUCUAAAGUCCGAGUUAGAAAGAAUCAAUGCCGAGAAUCAACAUUUGAGGGACAAGCUUAAUCAAGUGGGUAACAACUAUCGUGCACUUCAUGGCCACAUUCUAGCUAUUUCUCGCGAUCAACAUUAUGGAAAUUUGACCACAAACAAUUUUAAGCCCAUGACAAAUAAUCCGCGAUCCAAUGAUCAAGAUCGUGAAGUACGCGAUGGUUUAUUGAAGUCCAUGGAUAUCGAUGAUUAUCAUUUUGAUCAUGAUGGAAAUGAGGAUCAAACGAAGAUGGUGAGGAGAGCACGUGUUUCAGUUCGCACAUGCUUAGGAGAAUCUAUGGAAAUUGCAUUAGUUAUAUGUGUGUGA